AUGGAAGAGGAAGUAGUUGGUUUUGAGGAUGAUGCAAAAAACAUAAUUCAACAAUUGACUGGAGGAACAAAGGAACUAGACAUUAUCUCGAUCGUUGGAAUGCCAGGACUCGGCAAAACAACUUUGGCUAGAAAGGUGUUUAAUCAUCUUAUUGAUAAUAGACACUUUGACGUUAGAGCAUGGUGCUCUAUUUCAAAAGAAUAUAGCUCGACGAAGGUUUUUUCUGAGAUUCUUAAACAAGUCAUAGGCAGUACGGAUGGUAUAAGAGAUGAAGACAUACCUCACGAGUUGCGAAAGAGUCUAAUGCGCAAGAGAUACCUCAUCGUGUUAGACGAUAUAUGGGAAGCUAAGGCAUGGGAAGAGUUGCGAUUAUCUUUCCCACAUGGUGAAGAUGGAAGCAGAGUAGUGGUAACUAUGACAGAAUGGUUCUCCUCAGAUACAUCAUUCCCUGUGCUCGAGAAGUUAGUUAUAGAUAACUGUUGGCGGCUUCAAGAUAUCCCUUCUAGCUUUGUUGAUAUUCCAACACUGAAGUCGAUUAAACUGCGUUAUUGCAGUUGUUAUUAG